AUGUCCACCACCGAAACCCGCAUCCGCUCCGCAACUCUCUCCCGCGACACAAACGAAACCAAAAUCCAAUUAGCCAUAAACCUCGACGGCGGCGCCCUCCCAGAAAUCACCAAUAGCCCAAACGGCACUUCAGACCCCUCCUCCCACGCAACACAAGCCUCAAAAUCCCAAUCAAUAUCCGUGCACACAGGCAUAGGCUUCCUGGACCACAUGCUGCACGCAUUGGCGAAACACUCGGGCUGGUCACUCUACAUCCACACAAUCGGCGACCUCCACAUCGACGACCACCACACCGCAGAAGACACCUGCAUCGCGCUAGGUCAAGCCUUCAAAUCCGCCCUAAAAACCACAACAGGGCUUGCAAGAUUUGGUUACGCCUACGCGCCAUUAGACGAAGCCUUAUCCCGAGCGGUAGUAGAUUUGUCUAACAGUGUGAUAGAUCUGGGAACGAAGAGGGAGAAGAUUGGGGAUUUGAGUUGUGAGAUGUUGCCGCAUUGUUUAGAGAGCUUUGCUUUGCAUGCGGGCAUCACGAUGCAUGUGGAUUGUUUGAGGGGGUUGAUCCGACGCACUCUGGUUGCGGGGAGGGAAGGGGAGGUGCCCAGUACGAAGGGUGUGUUGUUUUGA